GGCGGUAGAGCUUGUGCACGUAGAGAUUGUACAGAUUUACUUGAUGUUUUAGCUGUGUGUGGAUGUUGUUGUGCUAUGUCGUUUCCUGAAGACAAGACACAGUAGUAGUGGAGGUGGAGGAGGAAAGACAAGGGGUCUAAGGAGCAGAGCAGCCUUCUUCUACAUGGAGAACCAUAGUGGGACUUAGUUCUGGAUUACUUCUCUUGCCGUACUGAUCCGCUGAUCCGACCAUUUGCGGUAGAAUGGGGUCCUCAAACCACAAGACUUCACUUAAGAGGCUGAGUUAGCUGUGUUCUGUCUUUGGAUGGACCCUCAUCUUAUUGGCUACCCCUUAUUGGCUACCCAAAGGGGUGUGGCCGUGGUGGAGCAAACUGAUGAGAGGGACCAAUGGUAUGAAGACUUCCAGUGCUGGCUCUCCUCAGGUGAGAGGGGCCCCCAGGCCAGCCCCGUCGCCCCCCACCGCAACCCUGUGACCCCCCAGCCCAGCCCUGCAUCAUCAGAAGGGGACGAACCUGGACACAGGAGGAAGGUGUCUUUCUUUGAUGAUGUCACUGUUUAUGUGUUUGAUCAGGAGAGUCCCACCAGGGAGCUACAAAGUCACUGGCCAGACACCAACAGCCGAGAGACCAAGGGUCAAUCUCCAAUAACAAUUUACAGACACACACCUGAGACCAAUAAUCAAUCCCCAAUCCCGCCCUGCAGCUAUGUCAACCAUCUACCUCACAUGUCAACCUCAGGGGUCUCCUUAGAGGACAAUGGUCUUGGUUUAGAAUGGGAGGAUGACUUCUCCUUCUUGGACAGCUCCCUCAAAACCAAGAUGGCUGACCACCAUCUUAUAAUAUCAGAGUCCAGUAUAUCUUCCGCAUCCCCUGACCAGACCUCCACACCCCCACACCAGAGGUGGAGUGGUCCAUCCACCCAUGCCUGCUCACAGUUGAGACCUUCCAGUCUGGUCCUCACCCACGUCACUGAUGCUGACCUGGAGCAGUGAGGAUCCGGCACUGGGGAUGAGAAGAUAGAGGUCUAAUUGUGUGUUUGCUGAAGGAAGACAAUGUGAUGGAAGACAAAUCCUCAAAUAAACAGAAGAACAGAAGAGCUCAACAGUUGGAUCUUGCUGUUUCACCACUAGUAAACACUACACAUACUCCCUUUACAUUCUAUGGGCCUGACUAGGGGUCCAACUACAGGGGUGGUAAACCAUCCCUUUUCAGGCUACUGUACCACCAAGAGUCAGUUGUUUACCUUUCAGGGCUGUGCCUGUCUUCCAAUAAGGAUUAGCCUACAGCACAUUAACAAUAACAGAGGGGUCUGAUGAUCAGAACAUAGCAAUGGUGACCUGAUAAUCCUGCAUUGAAUAAAUGGGGUCCAACAAUGGAAAUGGCUUGAUUCACUCAUAAAGUAUAAGAAAUACAAGAACUUUGCUUGACAGCCUGCAUAUUCAAAAUGUAAGAACAUUUUCACCAGGUUUUUCAUCACCUAACUACUGUCCUGAUAAGAGCAUGAUGUUGGAAAUAUAAGAAAAUAUUUCUACAGAG